GCAACGUUAGCCGGCGCUGGCAGCAAUGGAUGUGCUGGAGCUGCUGCAACAGCUUGGCCUGAACAUAUUAUGGAUAUUCAAGAUCUACAUUAAAUUUGCACUGGUUACGCUCGUCGUCUACUUUGCUGCCGAGUGGUAUAUAGUGCGCUAUGGGGCCGAGCUGGAGGAUCAGCUGGACGCUCAGCUGGCGGCCAACGAGCGUCCGGCCUCGAACAGCACGCUGAGCAAAGUGUUUCGCUUCGUGUUGAACUUCUUUAUCAUCUAAAGAACUAGAUAUACCACCUGAUACACACAUAUAUAUAUAUAGAUAUAUGUGUAUAACUGAUUCAAAAGCAAGGUCAAAACUCAGCUCGAAUUCGAUAUCGAAUCCGAAUUCGUAUACGAAUCGAUUGCGGAAUUGCAAUUCGUUGCGGGCGCUUUGCUUUGCUUUGCUUUUGCUUUUGUUUUUGUCUUGUUUCGUAUUUUUUUUUCGCCAAGGCCUGCAAGAGAAUGUAAAAACCCGAUUUGUUGUCAUAAGAAAAACAACAACAAAGAAGUACACAAAGCAUAUAUAUAUAUAAA